AUGGAGACUCAAGCAUCCAAACGUAAUCCCCUGCCUUCCAUAUGGACUGGUGGCUAUCGUGACGGUGGCUUCCCUCGGGGCGCUGCCCGCCGGCAGUUGAACACUCCCGCUGCGCCCUCACCCAGGUCGCCACAUGGUGCUCACGGUCCAGAUAUUAUGCUUCCGCGGCAUCACCAAGAUCAGGUCACUGAACUGGGCAGAUCUCUUGUCCAAACACUCGGUCGCCGAACCAGUACGGCAAUGUCUUCAGCCCAGUCCACUUCCAUAUCCUCUCCUCUGUCUGGCGCUUUCAACAGGAUGUCAGUCGGCGGCAACAGUGCCUACGCUGCGAAUACAUCCCUCCUGCUUACGGGCGUCAGCGAAAACGAUAUCAAGUCCCCAAUGGAGCGGCGGAAAUCUGUGGCCAUGGAGAUGAGGCAUCCUCAGAUGAUCUUGGUGACAGCAGUGGCUUCGCGCAGCAGGGAGCAGGUUACCAUGAUUGGAGGAAAGGUCACCAUCAACGCAACCGUGUUCCCUCGUGUCAGCCAGCGUUCCCCCUUUAGGAUGUCGCGCGAGUUCAACCUCAAAAAGGUCCACGAGAUGAUCCCUGGUCCGGCGCGCCGUCCAUCCGUCACAAGCGUUCCUGCAUCCCCAGAGACCCCGCGGCGGAUGUCUACCCUAGUUGAGAGGAGGCCAUCUCCAGCCGUGGUGAGACCUGCAGUGGUUCGACGUAGCAUUGUCGGAGAUUUCAACGAUAACGCGAACGUUCCACCAAACACAAGGCCCAUUUCUUGGCCACACGCCCGCCUUUGCCUUCCAAUCCUGGCAUCACUGAUGCUUUCGGGGCAGCUGAGAGACGGUGACAGGAUCGAAAUCCCAAUGCCGCAUCCCGAGGCGUGGCCCCAUACGUGGGCGUACCUGUGCACGGCGGAUGGCAGCGAGGUGCACGAAAGCAUGAAGCAGAACAUCCUCUAUCUCGGCGGUAAGCUUCUAGAGUGA